UCGGAUCAUGUAAAAUGAUUAUAUGGGGCCUCAAGACUACAAGUGACAACUUGGAAAUUUAAAAACCAGAAAUCCAUCAUCCAAGCAUUGUCGCAUAUUUGAAUCAUGAAUGAAAUCAGGGACUGCAGUCAUGGUGAUCGAAGGUAUACACUCUAUAGACCUCAAAUGAUAUCAUCCCCAAUUUUGAAGAUGAAGAUGAUGGCCGUAAGAAGUGAAUUACUGUACUAGUAGCCAUGCUUUACCAGGACACAGGGUCGCAAGACCACCACAUGUUGAAUGAAAAAUUGAAAAUAGAGAAUUGGCCAUCGACACUGCUAAGUGCAUGAUGAUUCGGCCAAUGAAACCAUGCCGCAGGGGCAUCAAGAGGAACAUCGCAUUACUUGUUGUCUUUGUUAUUGGAAUUUACUGUUAUGUUACUAUACAUUACUAUGGUAGUAAAUGGAGGCCAUUAAGGCCUCUUGCUACAGCUGAAAAGGAAGCUCAGCGAUUACUCAAAUUCAUCACCACAUACCAUUAUCUAUGUAACAGUACAGUUGCCCUGAGUAACAGGACAGACUACUUGAUUUGCACUGAAAAUAAUACGGGGAUUGACUUUGAACAGAGUGGAAUAGCUUACUCUGUAUGGACUCCAUAUGACAUAGCAUUUGAGAGUGCUCUUGCUUUGAACUAUAGCUUCCAAGUCAAUGUAAUCACAAACUUUGCAGAUGCAGAUAUAGUUUUUAGAGAGAUGAAUAACACACAUAUUCUAAAAACCUUUUUGGUUGCAAAUGACAAUCAUGAUUUUACAAGAAACCUUUAUGGACAGAAUACAUUCAAUGACAUACUGAAGAAAGGAGGACUUAAACAUAUAGAUAUUCUGAAAAUGGACAGACCUUCCAGAGAAGUACAAUUGUGGGAAAUUCUUCAUUUCAUGAAUGAGGAUAGGUUGCUGAUGUCAGUUAAGCAGUUGCACAUAGUAAUGACAAUAGAUAAGCUGGAUGAUGACUAUUUAUUCAACUGGUACAGGUCCCUGUACAAUCUGUUCUAUCACCAAGGGUUCCGUCUCUACCACACCUCUGCCUCCAGUCCUCUUUGUUUACAAGUCACCGUCAUGGAGUCCUGUGUUUACUGGUUGUCAUGGAUACAGAACCCUGGGGAGCAGAUGUUUGUGAUGCACCCGCCUGCUGAUGCAGGUGCACUUGAACUAGAAGAAGCUCGAGUAUUAGACCAUAUCAACACCUUGCAGGAGGAAUGCCAUGCUUUCCUGGAGGCCCCCAAUCUGGUAUCCACUGUCCUCCCUCACAGCACCUCUGUCACUGGAGUAUGCUCCCUGGAGCAGCACAGGAGACAGGUGCUCAUAUUUAGCAAAAACAGGGAACUCCCAGUUAGACAAGUUUUCCGUGAGGCUGACUGUGAUGUCUACCAGUUCAUUCCAGUCUUUCAGUAUGGAAACCUUAUAUUCAAACAAGAAUCUGGUCACAGAAAACUUAAUGAGUUGACCAUGGAUGACCUGAAAUUGUUUGUCAAGCGUUUAAGGACAGUAGAUGUUAUAGAUAUUCACUACACAACCAUGGAAUGGGAGAUUUUGUCAAACUUUUUGAAUAAUGGAAUAUUAAAGUCUGCCCAUCAGUUGAUAUUCCAAGCCAAUAUGAUCGACAGAGUGUACGGCAGACAUCCAGCAUCAUUACGAAAAAUGUAUAGUGAACUCCGCCGCCUUGAAGUCCAAGGAUUCCUUUUGUUCCACUCUAUCCCAUGCCACAUGAGUGAGUUCCUGUAUUAUCAGGCAAACAAAGGGAAAGUGAUGGAAGAGCAGUCACUCUCUUAUUGUUACAAAUUAAGUUUCAUGAAAAGAAACUUCAAAAAGAAGACAAAAACGGGUUUUCAGAGACACCAGAUUGCAUGACGAAUUACGUCAAAAGUGGCAUUUUUCCCAGUGCAGUUCUUAAUGGUGGUUUAAAGUUUUUUUCUUCAGCUUUAUUUUAUUUUUAACCUAGAUUAAUGCUUUAGAAGCCUUAUAUCAAGGAGUGACGCUGUUCAGCCAAGUGGAGAUUUCAUUGUUGUAUGAUAUUGUGAUGUAAUGUGUUGAGAAAUAACUAGGAUAUUUCAUGAGUGUUUAAGAGAAAAUAAUUGUAUGGUCAUGUUAUUUGUUGUCUUCAGCAGCUUAAAAUGCAUCAGGAUCUGUUUUAUAUCUGUGGAAUACUCCAAAAUGAGGUUUUACUCACAAAUGUAAUGGCAUUGCAAUUGAUAACUAUUAAAGUUGUAGCACAACCGAUUUUAUUUCUUGGCAUAUUAAAUUACAUUUCCUUUUAAUGGGAAGUGUGUUUAAUGGGAAGUAUGAAUGAUUUUAAUUUUUAUGAGUCAUAAAUAGAAACCUCACACAUCUACAACUGAUAUGCACAAUGAUGAAUGAUUAAAAAAUGUAUACUGUAUACUAUAGUUCCAUUACUGUAAUACACAUCACCAUAAAUGUGUAAUUACAUAUAAAAUGCUGCAUCUUAGGACAUUGAAAAGUAAUAUAACAUGACAUGUAACAGUUUUGCACAUUAAACAAUUCAGA